AUGACGCUCGACAUCUCGUGGGUAUACCAAAACAUAAACGCUCAACUCUCCAACCCCCAGCGUGAACGCAAAGAAUGUCUCGCAACAUUUCUGUCAUGGUUUGCUCCAUUAUCUGCCUGGAAUGGAAAGCUGAGAAAAUCUGCAAAGGCAACCAGUAUGUCAUUCAAGAGGUUAAAAGGUCAAGGAGGACCUAACCCUUUCUUUAACCCUCACACCAUCUGCUUCUUCCACCGUCCUGUUCAGAUCAACGGCAAAACCGACAAAAUUCAUGCUCUACUAACACUCAUCCAUCACAAAGACUUCCAAAGAGAUUUACGACCAUAUUUCAACAUCAACGACAUCAAACUUUACGAAGAGAAAAACUUUGCCAUUCCGUUUACCCCAAAUUGGCUUUACUAUCCAAUCGACUAUCAAAUGAGCCUCGACGAAGAUCUCAUGUUCUACGGUGAAAGACGACGACUUCCCUCUUACGAACCAAAGCCGAUGAAGCAAGAACCUCAAGAACCACAAACUCAAGAAUGUCCGCCGGAAUAUUUUCAAGAUUCGCAACUCCCUGAUGAUUCUAUGAAUAUAGAUGAAAUCGGUAAGAUGUUCGAUAUUGAUGUUAACGACGAUUCCCAGAAAACUUAUGAAGAACCAGAAGACGAAUACAUAUGCUCAGAUGAUCACUACGGAUGCUGCGAAAAACACAUCAUCGAGUUCGAGAUAGACCACUAA